CAGCCGGUGUUACAGCAGCAGCAGCAGCAGCCGGUGUUACAGCCGCAGCAGCCGCAGCAAUUGGACUGGUCGCACGCUGCUGCUGCUGCUGCUGCUGCAGUUGCCGCUGCUGCUGCUGCUGCCCCUCAGGCUCCUGUGGUGACGCAGCAGCCCCCGCAUUAUAUCCUGCGUGGAGGUGAUUGGCUGUGGGCAGCUAAGGAGUCGAUCUGUACGUUCAUUCCUUGCGGCUCUCCGCUGCUGCCUCCACCUGUUCGUGCGCCGACUUCAGCAGCAGCAGCAACAGCAGCAGCAGCAACAGCAGGGGAGCAGCAGCAGCAGCAGCAGCAGCAGCAGCAGCCUCGGCAGCUGUCUUUCUUGGAGUUAUACCCAAAGGAGCAGAGGCCUCCUCUUUACUUCUCUCCUGCUGCAGUGCUGCAGCAAGCCAGCAUUGAGGCAGAGGAUAUGCAGCAGCUGCUGCACGCAAAUUACUUACCCUUCUUUGGUGCUAUUGAAGAUGCUGCUGCUGCUGCUGCUGCGUUUGCUGCUGUCGAUGCUGCUGCAGCACGUGCUGCUGCUAGCAAACAAAGGAGACAGGCAGCAGGAGACACAUUUGUAGCUCCUGAAGCUUCUGCUGCUCUUGCUGCUGCUGAGCUCUGCUGCAGAGCUGUCCUAGACGCGAACCUACACCCCUGUUCUCCUUCCCGCAGCAGCAGCAGCAGCAGCAGCAGCAGCAGCAGCAGCAGCGGCAGCAGGAGUUGGGGCUUUGCAUUUGGUGGCAGCGUUGCUGGAGACCUGAGGAAGAGACAGCAGCAUCUUUCUGCUGCGUGGCUUACGUACACACGAAGCGUCCGUUUGCUGCUGCAACAGCACUUGCUUCCGCCGGCGCAGCAGCAGCAGCAGCAGCAGCAGCAGCAGCAGCGUGACGUUGCAGGUCGCUCAAGUGGUGGUGGUGCUGCUGCUGCUGCAUGCAUCUUCUGGGGCAGCUGCUUUCAGACGUCUGCAGGGGUUUUUGCUGCUGAGGUUUUGUCUCCUCUGUGUCUGCUCCGCGCUCAAGAGACGCAAGACAGCAAAGGAGCAGCAGCAGCAGCUGCUGCUGCUGCUUCUCUGAGACUCUCGGGGGCUGCGAGCGUUGCAUGCACAGCAAAAAAAUGCAGAGGGUUGUGCUGCUUUAGUAUAGACAGCUGGCGAUUGCUGCUGGAGUGGGAAGGACGCCUGCUGCAGCAGCUGCAGCAGCAGCAGCAGCUGCAGCAGCGGCUGCUGCUGCUCCGAGUGGGGGGUGGUUGUCUGAUGAAGAGACAAAACAGAGACAGAGACAUCAAGGAGACCGAAGACAAUCUUCCUCGCAGCAUUCUUGUUUUACCUCCUCUUCAGGUGCCGUGCAGUACCUGCUGCUCGCAGCAGCUACAGAACCCGCGCUGCAAUGCAGCAGCAGCAGCAGCAGCAGCAGCAGCAGGACAGCUGCAGCAGGAGACAGCUGGCACGCAGGUGCUGGGGGGCUUUACUGCAGCAGAGGAGACAGCAGAAGAAGAUGAGAUUGAAGAUGCUUAG